UGGUAUUGGUGUUAUGUGACAUAAUUAAUUUACGCUCACAAAAAUAAAUGAAGCUGAAGAAAACCAUUAUAAAAUGAAAUGUUAUUUAAAUUGUCAUUGACCUAAUGUGCAUGGAAAUGAAUUUACAGACAUUGUUUCAGGAUUUUAAUCCCAGCAAAUUCGUGGUGCACACUUGUUUGCUAAUAUUUACUGCGUUAUUGGCUUUGAAAUUGGACAAAACUAUUACAUGGUCGUACUGGGCUGUAUUUACCCCGAUAUGGAUAUGGAAAUUUUUAGUUAUUCUUGGUGCCACAGUUGGCACAUAUGUUUGGUGGCAGUACCCACACUUCAGAUUAGAAGGUGAAGCUUACAUUCACUAUAAAGCUAUGCUAAUAAGUCUUGCUAUACAUUUAAUCUUGUUGAUGUUUGAACUCCUUGUAUGUGACCAGUUGAGCACAAGCAGACAUUUAUGGAUACUUGUUUUUAUUCCUUUAAUAUUCAUCAGCAUUGUAUCCAUUGCUAUUUGUAUAUGGUCUGUGAAACAUGAUCGUAGCUAUGAGCUUGAAUUAUUUUGUGCUGUAAAUAUUCUACAGUUUAUAUUCUUGGCAUUGAAGCUGGAUACAUUUAUACAUUGGUCAUGGGAGGUUGUGUUUGUGCCAUUAUGGAUACUAAUGUGCCUAAGCCUUGUAGGUGAGUGGGUUUUGUAUAGUAUAAUAUUCGCUGGAAUAUUGUUACGCACGCCAGAGGUCAAUGUACAGCAACGACGGACUAGCUUCAACACUGCACUGGCCUACACAUUUACUGUCAUACCAAUAUUGGUGUUCCAGGUGCUUUUAACGAAUAAAUUGGAUAAUCGUGAUGAACUGUCAUCAUUUUCUUACAUCGUGGUUGUAAGCCCGCUGUUUGUAAGCUACGCUACACUGAUUGUUAUGUCCUUUAGUUCUAAAGGAGGUAACAAAUGGUGGUUUGGUAUACGGAAAGAUUUCUGUCAGUUUCUACUGUCAGUGUUUCCGUUACUACAAGAGUAUGCGAACAUCGCGUACAAUAACAACGUGAACCGCUCUAGUAUGCGGAGCGAGGUCACACAGGAGCCCUACAGGGACGAAGAGACAAAUAAAAAAGUAAAAGAUAAAAAAUCACAGAAAAAUCAGAAGAAAAACGAAGCAAUGAAGCCAGUGGUGCCUGUGACCAGUAUAGACAUGCCGGAUUGACGUAAGUUGAUUGUUUUAUCAAUUUUAAUGUAAAUUUAAAAAGGCCCUUACAAAUUGUGACCUAUUCUAGCAUUUUGUCUCUUUCCUGUCGUUAAGAGUUAAUGUUAUAUAACAUAGGGAACAAAGACAGAGCCAUUGUCUUAUAAAUGAAAAGGGGAUGCCCAAAUCCUAAUUGGGAAGAAUUACAUAAAAAACCGCACUUUUAUAUUGUUUGAAUUUGAAAAUAGGAGUGUAAAAUAAUGUUUAAAAAAAAAUUUUUUUUUCAAUUUUUUCCCCAAUUUGCAAUUUACAUAUGUAAAUUCACGUUGAAAUUCAUCUUUAAUGAAUUUUGGGGAACUUAAGCUCUAAGAUUUGACUAUUAUGUUUAUUUAGACUUAUCUCUAUAUAAAUAAAUGUAUUGUUAUUUAUAUUUCAUUUGACGAAUUUUUUUCUCGAUCAUUGACAAGGCAUAUCAUGUUCUUUUUCAUAUUAUAUAGGAUAUUUUUUUUAAAUAAAAGAACGCUGCUGUUUUUGCCUUCUAAUGUUAGAAAGUGUAAAAAUUAAAUUGAUCAUUAUCAUAUCUGUAAUAAAAAAAAUAGACUUAGUAAGGGCCUUUGUUUUUGAAAAUGAAAUAUCGUGUGUUCACUUGUUAUACAUUUUUAAAUAGCUUCUAAGUGUAACGAAGCAAUACAAAUUGUUAAGUUUGAGUAGCACUAAGCCACAAUCCUCUUUUAAUUAAAAUGGGAUGUUACUAGAUGUUAAUGGAAAGUUAACUAUUUUUUAACGUUUAACAGGAAAUCAAGUUUUGUUGUUUUUACUAAACUAUUUGCAUGUAUAAAUAUAAAUAUAUUUUUGCAUCAUUGAAUAACAAAUAGGCUUGUUAAGAGUAGACUAAGAUAGAUUAGUAAAUACAGUUUCUUUAACUAGACUAUAUCUGUAUAUUGUUUUUGUAUAUACAUGGUUUUGAAGACAGCAAAAAUUUACACUAAAAAAUUAUGUUUUGUGAAACUCAAUUGAUAAGUAGAGAAAAUUAUAAAUGGUGUUAAAAUACUAGACUCACGAGUGCCGAUCACGUUAGUUGCAUAAUAAAAGCUAUUUGUAUAUAUUGUAGAAAAAAAUGAAAUAUUGAAUUUUGAUAUAGCUUUAAAUACAAAUUUUAUAAAAAAAAAUGAUUGAGGAAAAUGUCAUGAAAAUAUGCAAUUAUGGUCACGCUACAUGUUAUAACACAAUGUUUAAUUUUUGUUAUAUAUGACACCUUUGAAAAAAUCUUCUUAUAAUAUCGACCAUUCAAUUGUUAGUUGUAAGAAAUGAUUUAUAAUCCAUUAAAGUAGAUUUUUAAUGUUCUUUAUUACUUUAAAAAAUUCGACAUUAAUAUUUUUUUAUAUUUAUUAGGUAUACUAUUGUCUCUUUUUAAUUCAAACAUCUCUAUAGUAAAUCAUUCAUUUGGUGCUUUUUGCGUGGAUAAACUAAAAAAAAAACAACAAAUACCCAAACACCCCUUAAAAAUGUUUACGCUAAAUAAAACAUAACCUUAAUAAAAUAUUUUCGUACGCAAAGCUUCAGUACUAGUUUUGAGACAAAAAGUAGACAUAA